GAAGUUGCACAGGAAGUUUAGUGAUAAGGCAACUACCGUUUUCAGUAAGACUAAGAGCUAGUGAAAUAAAGUAAAAUGUCCGACGAAGAAACGUCGGUCUGAUUUCAUCAGCCAUGGUUGUAAAUUAGAAUAUAGAGGAUUUAUUAAUCCCGUCCUGGAAUUAAGUAACAGAGAAAUAUAUCAAUGGAGUUGGUCAUGACUGUUGAUGAGCCCACGUGUUGCUGCUAUGGAAUAUUCCCCGCUGAUAAAACUACUCAUCCUGCUGUUGGUGACCUUCAUCGUGUGUCUCCCGGAGCUUUUCCCACCAUACCAAGUUCAGGGGAGAAUAGAUCUUACUUGCAUGGGAUUCCAACCCUGUCUGAAGCAGAGGCACCGUGAACUGGUGUGCCCUCCCAACACAGAGGACACAGGGCACAGGAAUGAGUGCCUGGGAUGUACCAACAGCAGCAUCAUGGGGGUGUCGCCCGGCGUCACCUCCGGAAACACAAACGGGUCAGACAGUCCAGAGACAGGCUGGUCCAGGUGUGAGAUCACAGCAGACCUGGAGGCCCUGAAAUGGACAGGAGCUAAUGUAGAAUUGUCUGUACUUCAGUCCGGGGACCACAAGCUGCACAAUGCCACACUCGUGGGCUGUGUAGACAGCUGUGAGCUCAUUGCUGGAAUCCAGCAUCCCCUGAUCUGCUGCAUGGAGGACCCUGCCUCAACCUUGAACCACAGUCACUGCAUCCUGUGUGCCUUGGGCUUUGAGAAUGCAUCCAUUAAUGUUACGCUACUGUGGACGCACACGCAGCACGGCUUCUUCUGGUCGUGCUCCUACCGGCUGGUGUGGCUCGCCAUAGUGAUGACUGUCAUCCUGCUGGUCAUCAGCACCACCACCAGGCACGUCCUGAAGAACCGAUUCUAUAAAAGGAGGGCUGCAGUUCUCCCAAUUACUGCGUACCAGCUGUCUCCGGCGCUACCGGGACCUGCCGGCCGUCUGGAUAGUCAGCUAGGCCAGUAUACAGUUUGUAAGCAGCUAGCACAAAUUAGCCCCCUGACCCGAGCCAGCAGUCCAGCAGGUACGAUCUCGCUCCGAUGCAGUGAUCCCCCCCCCGCCAGUGCUUAUACUCCCUCACACUGCAGUGACAGGUGCCCCCAGCACAGUUUUCUCACUGUUUAUUUACAGAAGCACGUCGGCACCUCUGCUGACAAGCAUGUGGCGUGUGUCACUCUCUGAACUCGCUUGUUAAUUUGCCGUUGGAUUUCUCUCUGCUUUGACUCGCUUGUUAAUUUGCCGUUGGGUUUCUCUCUGCUUUGACAGCCCUCUCUACGAUUUGCGAAGCUGAGGAGACAGGUAAAUGUCCUUCUUAACCGUGUGGAAACAUCUGCAGUAGAAGAACUAAAAAAAACAUGCUUGUUUAUGCAUUUGAAGGGAAAACAAAAACUAUACAAUUACUUUAUUUAGCAGAUGCUUUUGUCCAAUAUGAUAUAAAAUUGAAACUAGGAUCAACUAGUCCCUGGAGCAGUGGGAAGUUAAGGGCCUUACUCAAGGUCUCAGUGAUGACAUCACUCAGGGGGAUGUACGCUUGCAUAGGUACAGAAUCCAAAUCCUCAGCCGCAUAGCACCAUCUCAUAUUCAAUUCUAUUUGAAUAGAGUAUUUUAACAGUAUUACAUUGUCUCAAAGCGCCUUACAUUAUCCCUGCCAAAAGCCUCCAGUGAGCAAGCCAGAGGCGACAGUGGCAAGGAAAAACUCCCUAGGAAGAAACCGUGGGUGGAACCAGACUCAAAGGGGGGGGGCCCAUCCUCCCAGGGCCAACAGAGGAAAUCAAAUUAAUUAACAAAGUCCCGAUUUAUACACUCAAACUUUAGUCUGGUUGUAAAUGCCGGAUCACUGGCGGCAGGGCAGGCAGGAAGGACGGACAUCACAGGUUGUAGGGGUGUCGUAGGCAGCAGGGUAGGCAGGAUAUCUUGCUUAAUAAGAUAAAAAGAAUGAGUCUGUACAGUAGCUGCUUAUUGGGUAGUAGUUUAAAUUCUCUCAUGGCUAA